UGAGUUGAACUCACCUUUAUCCUCCUAUGGUUUACUGGUUUGAGUGUUUCGUUCAUGAUUCAUUAUAUAUAAUCAUAACAUUAACUGACAUUAACCAAUACUAACAACAAGAGUAGAACCAGAAUCAGUUAUAUAUGGUUUGACAAGAGCUUCAUAUUUUCUAUCAGUAUCAAUCAAACUGUUGAUAUGGAACAUUGAAUAUUUUUGAUAUGAGAAAAGGAUGAUUUAGUUUUUCAGUAUUUGCUAUACAUAACACAAUAAAGUUUUUAAUGAAACCAUUUUGUGCGUGUUAUUAAAAAUUUUUGAUUCUAAAGUUUAAGUAGUUAAUGUGAAAAUUAACAAUAUGAGGCUUACGAGAAGAUGUUUAGGAAACCUUGGGACCAUGACGAAGAUGUUGGACUUUUAUUCUCAAUUCAACCCUUCUCCACUUUCCAUAAAACAAUUCAUUGAUUUUGGACUCAGCGCAUGCGAAAGAAAAUCAUUUAUCUUUUUAAGAAAAGAACUUCCUGUUCGAUUAGCAAAUAUUAUGAAAGAAAUUCAUUUGUUACCAGAAAAUUUAUUAAGAACUCCUAGUGUUGGAGUUGUUAACAAUUUAUAUAUAACGUCUUUUGAGGAAAUUAUUCAUUUCGAAAAAGCUGAUGUCAACAAUACAACAUUGGAUAAAUUCUGUCAAGCUCUCAUCAAAAUUAGAAACAGACAUACUGAUGUCGUUGAAACAAUGGCACGGGGUGUUUUGGAAUUGAAGGAAUCACAUGACGUAGACGUUCAAACGGAAAACAGUAUUCAAUACUUUCUAGAUAGAUUUUUCAUGUCUAGGGUGUCAAUUCGAAUGCUUAUAAAUCAACACACGCUACUGUUUGGCGGUGAAUUAAAUGGACAUAACAGACAUGUAGGUUGCAUAGAUCCUUUAUGCGACGUUAUUGGUGUCGUUAAAGACGCCUAUGAGAACGCACGAUUUUUGUGUGAUAGAUAUUAUUUAGCUAGUCCAGAGUUGAUAGUUAAACAACAUAAUGCUACUUUUUCAGAACUAGAAAAUGGAAACGAAAUCAGAAUUGUGUACGUUCCAAGCCAUUUACAUCAUAUGCUUUUUGAACUUUUUAAAAAUAGUAUGAGAGCUGUUAUGGAGCACCACGGAUCCGAUGUAUCUGAAUAUCCUCCCGUUAAAGUCACUGUUGUAAAAGGAAGAGAGGACAUUUGUGUGAAGGUGUCUGAUCGAGGAGGUGGAAUUCCUCGCUCUCAGACGGAGCAUUUAUUUAAAUACAUGUAUAGUACUGCUCCUCAGCCGAGUCCUUCUGAAAAUCAUACUGUUCCUCUUGCUGGAUAUGGUUAUGGGCUUCCAUUGUCGAGAUUAUAUGCUAGAUAUUUUCAUGGCGACUUGAUUCUUUUGAGCUGUGAAGGUUAUGGAACAGAUGCUGUUAUUUAUUUAAAGGCAUUAUCCAACGAGGCAAACGAACUUUUGCCUAUUUUCAACAAGACUUCCUGCAAAUUUUAUAGAACACCGAUAUCGACUGCAGAUUGGAGCAGUCAAUGUGGUGGUAGCAUGGCAACAAGACAAUUGAAUUUGAGUCAAAAUCAAGGACACAGGCUUCCUCAAGGAAUACAAGUGGGUCAAUGCUAGCAGGAAUAUUUUGAAAUAGAUGAAGAUUUUAAACCCUUAAAAUAAUUCUUUACAAAAUGUGUUUGCAAAUGAAAAUUAUUGUUUUAUUUUUAUCACUGCCUGCGUAUUUUUUUUUUUUUUUGUGACUUGCACUGAAAAAAAGGGACCAAGGAAGCAAAAGUUAUGUUUACCACAGUUUUACGCUAGUGUUCCAAAAAAAAAUAAAGCCCAGAGGAUUUGUGCGGGUAAAAGUGGAUCACUUUAAUCACAGAUUUAUCAUGGACGUUUGGCCUCUUGAUUUCUAAUCCAUGGUAUUUUCACUCAAAAAUUUCAAAACAUAACCUAUAAUUUUUUGUUUCUUUAGGUCCCUUUCUUCAGAGCGCGUCAAAUUUUUUUUCAAGUAUAAUGAAAAUGAUAUUAAUAAAAUUGUACAGUAUAGUGUUUAACAAUAAUACUGUACAUCAAGAUCCUUGUUUCGGUGUUUUUUUGCGUAUUGAGAUUUAAGUGUGUUAUUUAUGUUUAAUAUGAACAUAUAUGUCAAUUUCAAAACUUUUCAGUCAAAUUUACUUUAUUCAAACCAUUUAA